CAUGUUCUUUUUUUCAAGUUUCUCUGGAAUAGCAGCUCAAUGGUUUUGAAAUCGAAUAUAAGUGUGAAACUGAUAGCUCAAGAUAUUUGUAUUACUGUGGCUUUUACACGUACACACAAAUUUGAUACUUUUUUAUAUAUAAAUCACUUUUUCCUGUGGUAAAUGCUGUGUGAUCGCUUAGCUAUCUUUACUUUUAUAUAUGCCAUUCUGUGAACUUCUUCUCCUUCUCCCUCCUUACGAAAACUCACUUGUAACUAUUCAAAAUCUUCAAAGUUUUCAUCUUUUAGUUCACUCCCUGGUAUUCAUACCAGUUCUUGUUCAUUGUAGAUUGGCCUACUUUUGAGACUCAUUUGAUCUUUUAUUCAUGUUUGGAAGAAGCACAACCAGAGUUUUACAGAUGACACUAAAACUUAUUUGCUAGGAAAUAAAAUGAAGAAACCCGAAAGCCAUAGAACUUAUCCAAGUAGAGAUACCAAUACCGUGCCUGGAAAUGAACUCUGGACUGAUGGACUUAUUUGUGCUUUUGAAUUUAUUAGAGGUCAAAAUAAAUCAACCAACUCAAAACCUGGCUCUAAAACCCCACAUAGACAACAUAUCAAUGUGGAUAAUCAGUCAAGGGUGCGUGUGCCUUCUAAUGGUAUCGCUGAGACUUCAAUUCCAAAGCUAGAUAGGAACAAAGUAGUGGAGGCUGCAUCCGUAACUGAGCAAAGAGCCAAUGUUAUUGCUUCGUUCGAUGAUGACAAAGGUAGUCCGGUUCAUCAGCUAGGACAACUUCAAAGCUCUGAAAGAUAUGAUGGUAGCCACUGGGUACCUAUUGGGUGGGGUAGGAUUUUCGAGCUUGUACAGACUGUACAAGUUGAUGAUGGAUGGGCAACUCAGCUGCUCGAUUCCAUGGAUGAUGAAUACAACUUCACUGUUGCAGAGUUAGCUGCUCCGUACUGGGAGCGUCCAGCAGGGCCUGUAUGGUGGUGCCAUGUGUCUGCAGGUCACCCCUCUAUUGACGGUUGGCUCGGUAAUGCUCAGUGGUUACAUCCUGCCAUUAGUUUGGCAUUGAGAGAUGAGAGUAAACUGAUAAGUGACAAAAUGAAACACCUACUUUAUGAGGUCCCAGUAAGAGUUGCUGGAGGACUGUUAUUUGAGCUGUUGGGACAAUCAGCUGGUGAUCCAUUCAUUGAUGAAGAUGACAUCCCUGUUGUGCUUCGAUCGUGGCAAGCACAGAACUUUUUAGUUACUGUACUGCAUCUAAAAGGACCUGUGUCAAACAUAAAUGUGCUGGGUAUUACAGAAGUUCAGGAACUUCUUGCUGCUGGAGGUUAUCAUACACCAAGAACAGUGCAUGAAAUCAUAGCACAACUUACUUCUCGACUAACUCGAUGGGAUGAUAGGUUAUUUCGUAAAUCCAUAUUUGGUGCAGCAGAUGAAAUCGAAUUGAAGUUUGUGAACAGGAGGAACCAAGAGGAUUUGAAUCUUUUUAGUGUAAUUCUAAACCAAGAAAUCACAAGGUUAUCAAGACAGGUUAUCAGAGUAAAGUGGUCACUUCAUGCCAGAGAAGAGAUAGUGUUUGAGCUUCUCCAACAUUUGAGAGGAAACACAACAAGAACCUUGCUAGAAGGAAUAAGAAAGAGUACAAGAGAAAUGAUUGAGGAGCAAGAAGCUGUUCGUGGCCGGCUUUUUACCAUUCAAGAUGUGAUGCAGAGCACCGUCCGCGCAUGGUUGCAGGACAGAAGCCUUAGAGUAACACACAACCUGGCCGUCUUUGGUGGCUGCGGCCUAGUUCUUUCCAUAAUCACCGGGCUAUUUGGAAUCAAUGUUGAUGGAAUCCCUGGUGCGCAGAGUACGCCAUAUGCGUUCGGUCUAUUUGCAGCCCUCCUGUUCGGUGUGGGAAUCAUCCUAAUUAUAAUGGGGUUGAUUUAUCUUGGAUUGAAACAACCCAUCACCGAAGCACAGGUCCAAGUUAGGAAGAUGGAGCUACAAGAGCUGGUCAAGAUGUUUCAGCAUGAGGCAGAAACUCAUGCCCAGGUUCGUAACAAAGUUUCUCGGAAUAACUUGCCCCCAACUGCUGGUGAUUUCUUUUCGAGUAAUGCAGAUUAUGUUCUCAUCCAAUGACCGCCAUCUUGAUCAUUUUUCUUACAUUUUAAACUACUGAGUUCACUUGUGCAUUAUAAGUGGAAAUGGCUGAAGCAAUUUAUUUUUUCUUUUUUGCUAACUAUUAUGUAGUUGGAAAGACAUGGAGAGACUGUGGAAGAAGGGAAUGGUACUCAUGAUAACCCCAAAGUGAUUAGACAUGAUAAUCCAGUUUAGUUGAAGCAACACUAACAAUGAGAAGGUGUUCAAGUUCCAAAUGAAUAUAUAAAUAUAAAUAUAUAUAUAUACAACAUUUUUACUAUUUGAAGUUGAAAUAUCAAUGGUACUGCUGAAAAAUAUUGUGGUAUUUACUUUAGCUGAUGUUUCAUUAUUAUGGCUUUAAUACUUGUAAUCCAAAGAAAGUAUAAGUAAAGAUGAAACAAUAUUAUUGUUUGGAAGUUAUAAAAAAAAGAUGUAAGGGCAAUUACCAUUUCUUGUUUCAUGUAAAAAGCGUCAAAGUAUUGACAGUAUGUAAUACAAAUGCCAUUAUUUUUUU